AUGGCUGCUUCAUCUCUUCUUCGUCUCUUCUCUUCUUCUGUUCUUCUUCUCCUCCUCCUCAUCUCUCCCUCUCACUCCCUUCGCUCUUCCAAACCUCGUUCACUAGUCCUUCCAGUCAGAAAAGAUGCCUGGACCUCACACUACCUCACCUACAUUCACCAGAGAACUCCAUCUGUUCCCGUAAAACUUGUCGUCGAUCUCGGUGGCUCGUCCUUAUGGGUCGACUGUGAGUCCAACUACGUUUCGUCCUCCUACUUCCCAGCUCGUUGCGGUUCAACCCAAUGCUUGCUUGCUAAUACUACCCGCUGCUACAGUUGCACCCGCGUCCCUGGUCCUGGUUGCAACGAAAACAGUUGCAAUCACAUACUGUACAACCCAAUUUCUGGGGUGUUAACAGCUGGAGAGGUAGCCAGAGAUGUCGUCACCCUCCAAUCCACAGAUGGCUUCAGCCCUGGACCCUCCACAGCUUUCCGCAGCUUUGCGUUCAUAUGCGCUCCAAGAGACAUCUACGUCUUGAAAAACCUCGCCGGCGGUGCAAAAGGAAUCGCAGGCCUUGGCUGGGCUCCUCUAGCUCUGCCAUCCCAGUUGGGGUUCCACAGAAAAUUUGCUCUUUGUCUAUCGCCGUUGACGGAAGAGAAUGGCGUCGUCAUCUUCGGUGAUGGGCCGUAUGUGUCUGGGACGAAGCUCGUUUACACUCCUCUGAUCACCAAUUCUGUGAACAGAAUGGGACCCUUUUUCAAUGUCUGGGAACCAUCCUCCGAUUACUACAUUGGAGUGACAUCAAUCCGAAUCAAUGGAAAGCCUGUGGCUCUGAACACAUCGUUGCUUUCCAUCGACAAAAAGGGUUUUGGGGGAACAAGGAUCAGCACCGUUGUUCCCUACACCACUCUGGAGACCUCCAUAUAUGAAGCUGUAACCGACGCUUUUCUCACUGAAGCUACUUCCACCGGAUUCAUCAGGGAGGCACCCGUUUCGCCUUUCGAGGUGUGCAUCAGAGCAAAUGUUCCAGGGAUUGGACCUGAUGAUCAUGUUCCUAAGCUUGAUCUUGUCCUGCAGAGUGAGAGUGUGUACUGGAGGUUCGAACAUCGGAACUCAAUGGUGACGGUUGGAGAUAGUGUGUUGUGUUUGGGAAUGUUGGAUGGAGGUUUGAAGCCUGAAACUUCCAUUGUUAUCGGCGGGCAUCAGUUGGAGGACAACCUUCUGCAAUUCGACCUCAGGGGCUCCAAGCUUGGGUUUAGCUCAUUGCUCUCCUCUGCUGCUACGUGUUCUAGCUUCAACUUCACACGUAGUGCUGCUUGGCAUUAACUUUAGGUCCUCAUAUUCUGUGACAUGUUUCAUUUAUGUUUUCUGGUGUGCGUCAUUGCUUGGUCAUGUGAAUUUCCACAGGACAAAACCCACAUUUUUAA